UAGUUCCGGAUGGCCGCACUUUGACAGAGGCGGCGGGCCCGGCGAGCCUAGGACUCCAUCGCCCGCCAGCCCCCGCGGCUUAAGCCGUUGUUGCCUCUUCCUGUUUUGGGGACAAGUCGCCCGACGGCCGCCAACUGCGAGGUCUGCGAAGGGGUCUUCGCCUCCUCCUGAUCGGGUGUUCCGAGGACUAAUUUCCUCAGUGCCUAGAAUCUAAGAAAAAUGGCAAAUGUGGAUAGUGAUUCUAGGCAUCUUAUCUCUGAGGAAGAAAAUGAAGUACAUCCUGGACCUAUGAAUAUCCAGUUUGAUUCAUCAGAUCUAAGAUCUAAAAGGCCUUUCUAUAUAGAGCCUACAAACAUCGUCAAUGUGAAUGAUGUCAUUCAGAAGGUUAGCGACCAUGCCUCUGCUAUGAACAAGCGGAUUCAUUACUACAGCCGGCUCACCACUCCUGCAGACAAGGCGCUGAUUGCUCCAGACCAUGUAGUUCCAGCCCCAGAGGAAUGCUAUGUGUAUAGUCCCCUGGGCUCUGCCUAUAAACUCCAGAGCUACACUGAAGGCUACGGUAAAAACACCAGCUUAGUAACUAUCUUUAUGAUCUGGAAUACCAUGAUGGGAACAUCUAUACUAAGUAUUCCUUGGGGCAUAAAACAGGCUGGUUUUACUACUGGAAUGUGCGUCAUCGUGCUGAUGGGCCUUUUAACACUUUAUUGCUGCUACAGAGUGGUGAAAUCACGGACUUUGAUAUGUACAUCGGACACAACUACCUGGGAAUAUCCAGAUGUCUGCAAACAUUAUUUUGGCUCCUUUGGACAAUGGUCAAGUCUCCUUUUCUCCUUGGUGUCUCUCAUUGGAGCAAUGAUAGUUUAUUGGGUGCUUAUGUCUAAUUUUCUUUUUAAUACUGGAAAGUUUAUUUUUAAUUUUAUCCAUCACAUUAAUGACACAGACACUAUACUGAGCACUAAUACUAGCAACUCUGUGAUUUGUCCCAGCGCGGGGAGCGGUGGCCACCCGAACAACGGCUCCCUGAUUCUCUACAACGACACGGAAGUGCAGCAGUUUGAGAAGUGGUGGAGUAAGUCCAAGACGGUGCCCUUGUACCUGAUAGUCCUCUUGCCCCUGCUCAACUUCAAAUCGCCUUCGUUUUUUUCCAAAUUUAAUAUCCUAGGUACGGUGUCCGUCCUCUAUUUGAUUUUCCUUGUCACCUUGAAGGCUAUUCGCUUAGGAUUCCAUCUGGAAUUUCACUGGUUUGUGCCAACAGAAUUUUUUGUACCAGAGAUAAGAUUUGAGUUUCCACAGCUGACUGGAGUGCUUACUCUUGCUUUCUUUAUUCACAAUUGUAUUAUCACACUCUUGAAAAACAACAAGAACCAAGAAAAUAACGUUCGAGACCUGUGCUUGGCUUAUAUGCUGGUGACACUGACUUAUCUCUAUAUUGGCUUCCUGGUCUUUGCCUCGUUUCCUUCACCUCCAUUAUCCAAAGAUUGCAUUGAGCAGAACUUCUUAGACAACUUCCCUAGCGGGGACACCUUGUCCUUCAUUGCAAGGAUAUUCCUGCUGUUCCAGAUGAUGACUGUCUAUCCGCUCUUAGGCUACUUGGCUCGUGUUCAGCUCUUGGGCCAUAUCUUCGGUGACAUUUAUCCUAGCAUUUUCCAUGUGCUGAUUCUUAAUUUAGUUAUUGUGGGAGCUGGAGUGACCAUGGCCUGCUUCUACCCAAACAUAGGAGGGAUCAUAAGGUACUCAGGAGCAGCGUGCGGCCUGGCUUUCGUGUUCAUAUAUCCUUCUCUCAUCUAUAUCAUUUCCCUCCACCAAGAAGAGCGUCUGACAUGGCCUAAACUAGUCUUUCACGUUUUCAUCAUCAUUUUGGGCCUGGCGAACCUGAUUGCUCAGUUCUUCAUGUGAAAACUGUUUUCUCGAGAUUUCUCAUGGUGUUCUGAACCUUGGCAACGGUUCUGCAUAAAAGAACUUGAAAAUGCUGUCGUUGCUGUAAUUCUAAGUGUUUUCCUAAGAUAACCGAGAGCAAGGGAAAUGAUGGUCAACUGAUGACUAUUUUUGUCCUGGAGCAGGGAGGGGGUGAUUGGGUGGUCUGAGCCCUCUGCCUUUCUCAGUGACCCCCGUUCCCAUGCAUCCAAGUAGACGUACAGAAGGAGCCGUACUGAUCUUUCUGUUGAUAAGUAGAAGGUAGGUGGGUAUGUUUUGCCUACAGUGAGGAAUCUCAGGGGUCUUGGGUCGAGGCGGCCUGUGCCAGACCCUGGGUCUGUUUUGAUGCACUCUCUUCCAGUUUCUUACUUGCUGGACCUUUUCUACAGUUCACUCAAACCUCUGCUGUUUCAAACAGUAAAACAAAUACCUCAUUGUAAAAGAAGUUUCCAUGGCAUCAUUAUUAAUUGACUGAAUUCCUAACUAAGUACUUAAUCUGAAGAACAAAAAAGUUGUAAAUAGUAUCCGUCCACCAGAAAAUGCAUGUAAAGUAAGGCCAGAGGGGCAGUCGGUACGUGUCGGUGAGCACUUAGGUGGUGAGGAGAGGAUCCGGGGUUUAGGUCAUCCUCAGUUUCGCGGCCAGUUUGAAACCAGCCUGACUAUAUAAAGCCUGUCUCAAGACAUCAAAAGAAAACAUGGCUCAGAUACACUUGGGCACAGUUUGUUUCUGUGUGACUUAAUUCUAACCCAGUUCCAGGGACCUGGAUUGAGGUUACAGUUCCCAAGCCAGAUCUUGCACGUCACAAAAGCUGUUGUCCUCACAGACAACGAGGGGACUCUUACUUCUCGUGCCCUGGAGACUAGCAUGGCCUGUCAUGAAGCCCAACGGAGACAGUGUGAGCAGAGGGGAGGGGUGGUGGAUGAGGCUUUGCAGAAGAGAGAGGGACUAGCUGGGAAGGGUGGACCUGCGCCCAGUGUAUCCCGAGUCGUUCUGGUUCAGGUCUGACCUCCGGAGCAGACACCAUCCACCUGCUCCUGUAGCGGGAAGGGAAAAGUGAGGCCUCCCCAAGAAAACCUGUGUCUGACAAGAAGGUUGAGAAACCCAGGUUCUUAGAGUUAACAUCCCGUUUCCCUUCUCAGCUAAAAGCUGAACCAGAAUCCAGAUGUCUGUCUUCCAUGUAACACGGUCUGUGUUCCACCCACGACUACUAACAUUUAGAGCUCUCUAAUUUGGGGCUAAAUUGUUUAAAAUGCAUCCUGAUUCCACUUCCCAGGACAGUGUGCAGAUUUGCGUCAUGUCCUUCCUUUGGGAAAAAAAAAAAAAGCAAAAAAAAAAAAACCAGGUGAAAUGGUUUUGACAAAUCUAGUGAGGAGCUCCAGAUUUAAGACCAGCUUUAAUUUCUUUCAGCAUAGUUUAACGUCCUGUUGGCGUUGCAGGCCUGUUUAUAAGAAGCUGUAAUUCCUAACACUUUAAGGGCUCGUUAUGAGCACUGUCGAGCACAUGUACAAAUGGAAUAGUAUGGAAAACUCCUGUACACCCAUCCCUGCGUCUAGUAAUUACAGACCUAGCUGAAUGUGCUUCACCUGCUCCCUCCUGCCUUUUUCUUUUCGACUGACAUAUUUAAAAACUGAUCUCAGACAUUAUGUCAUUUCAUCUCUCCAAACCUUAACAUCCAGCUAAUAGCCCGAACUUUGAACCUGGGCCCAUUCAGCAUGGAGCUGGUCUCAAAAGCUCUGGCUAGCAGAAGCUGCUGUAGAAGUCAUGUUACAGGGGCGAAUGCCUUCGUGCUGGGGGGGACCCUGGAACCUCAGACUGCAGAGUCACGUCGGUAAAGGGGCAUUGGCCUCAGAGCUGGGUGCUUUAAGACAUGUUCCCGACUUAAGCUCUGUCUCUUCGGAGUAGGUUCUUUUGUGUUUGAGAACUUUAGGAACAAUUUUCAUUGCUUUUUCCCCCAAGGCAUUCCUGGAUGCUUUAGCACAUCAGAGAUGUGUUAUGCUUUAACAAUCAAAGAUGAUUGCAUGUGUUUUUGCCUAUUACAUAGAUAAAAGGAAUAUGGCGAGGGAUGCUACUCUCCGAACAAAAAAAUAUGGAUUUAUGCUUUUGUUUUCUUAAAGAGAUUUGAUCGUUUAGACCUCCUAAUGCCCUGCUAGACAAGCUCCUUAGUCUCUUCAUGAGACUCCUCUGCCCGUCACUUGGCUAGGUCGGACUCUGCAUGAGUGCGAGAGUCCUGGCUUAUGAGGGUGACGCCACACGAACUCACACGCAGUUAAUCUGACUUUGUCUCUGCUCCCCUCUCUUUGAACUUGCUAAUUAAACUGCUUUCACUUUUUGCUCUGAUGUGGUUAGCCUUUGGAUUUAACUUCUUUAACCCCCAGCCAAGGACACUAAAAUUGUAAAGGCGUUGUUUAGAGAGAUCUCCCUUAGAAAUAAAUCCUAUGGAUCUCUUUGGGCUUUGCUAAUAUUAAGCCAGAAAGGGAAAAAUGGAGAUAAGUUUUAUACCUGUGGAUGAUCAUGCCAAGUCACUGCCGUUGGCACACUCCGGAAAUGUGCUUGGAAUAGGACUAAAUGUGCCACUGGAAGAGACUGCCUUAGGGGAAAUACUGCAUCUACAUUAAAUGUGCCGUAGAAAUGUCGGCAGCUACUGGCCACAGCAGAGGACCUGGUGUCUGCUUCUGCUUGAAACUUACCAAGAAAACGCCUGUGUGCUUUUCAUUAUCGUUCCCAUAAUUGUUCUGUGUAAAUAACUGAGUAGUCAGCGACGUGCAUUCCUUUGGAGGAGCUUAAAGACGUGUCAGACAGCAUGCACAUCCUAGAGGGACUCUGGAUCUAGUGAAGAAACAGGGUAGGGUGCUCAUUGGCACACAGGGCAGUGUUGGGGACUCUUGGAGCAUCGUGGCGUUCUGGGGAGGGGCUGCAGAGGAAGAGGAACUGUCCAGAGGCAAAGGGCACUUUUCAGUUUCCUCCUACUCCCUAACAUUACGUUCACUGAUGAACCCUCUGAAGACCAAAUGCUCAGACUUAUAAGCCCAUGGGGAGACUCCUCACUGAAACCCCCACAGUUGAUAAAAGCGGAGAAUAUCAUGCUGUGUGUUUCACCAACAACUAGAAUGAUAUGUUACAUGCAUUUCCCUUUAUUGGGGCAGAUUUCCUCUAAAACAUAUUUUGUGACACUUAAUUGCUUCUUUAUGCUAUUAUUUCCUCUUCCUUAUUAUCACUAAAGUAUUUAACUCCUAUAGCUCUUGGACAGAAAGCAUAAUUGAUUAAUAUGAGGUGUAACUAGUCAUACACUGGGUGCUAUGAACAGAUUGUAUAAACUUUUCAAAAUUUUAAUUUCUUUAAAUAUGAAUAUUCAAGAUGUCAAAUGUUUACAUUCAUUGAUGUACUAGUGUUUCCCUUUGUUUCUGUUACCAUGAUAAAAUACUAUGACCAAAAGCAGGAGUCUAUUUUGGCUUACGGUACCAAAGAGGGAGUCCAUGCUGGCCAGGAAGGCAUGCAAGCAGGGUUGGCAAAUCACACUUCAUCUGCACACAGGGAAACAAGAGUGCAAACACUGAGUGUGGAGAGGUGUGAACUCACAGCCCACCCUCAGGGACGCACCUCCUCCAGCCAUGCUUCAUUUGCUGAAAGUUCCAGAACCUCCCCAAAACAAUGGGUCCCCAAACCAGCUGAGGACUCAUAAGCCCAUGGGGAGACUCCUCACUGAAACCCCCACAGUUGAUAAUAGCGGAGAAAAUCAUGCUGUGUGUUUCCCUUACCCAGUAUUGACAUGUUGCUUUUUAGAAGGUGGUGGUGCUUUGGGUUUUGUGUUUAACUUGACUUUAUACCAACUUAAACAAAUCCAAGUCUAGUUGGUGCCUAACAAUAGUGUGUCGCUAGCCUGCGAUCCAAAGUGAAAUGAAUCCCUGAUGUCACACACGCUGACCCGGGUGGCCCACUUUCGCAGUCUGGCCGCCAACUUCACUUAAGAUUGUAUAAACACGUCUUGUCAAACAGCUCUGAGGGCAACCUCAGAGUCCCAGCAGUAUUCUCUGAUAUGUGAUUUGUCUUUUUAUAGAAAAAAAAAAAGAAAUUAAAUCAAAAUUAUUUUGAAGAAAAGUAUCUCUGGGAUUUUUGUUUAGUAGAAUUUGGCUAGGAAAUACUAUCGCCACCUAGCACUGGCCACUGACAGAGGCAGCUAGGUUCCACAUUUCUCAAGUGACUGUGCCUAUGUCUCGUGUCAGAAGUUUUCCUUAAAGUCCUGAUCUUCUAGGAAGGCAUGUAUCACUUUAACUGAAACCUGAGGUGACCAUCCCCGUGAACUGUGGCCCUCUUAGGUGAGUGUUGCCCAGUUUCUGGCCUAAAGCUCUGGAAAAGUCAUAAUUUCCAAAACCUUUUAAGCUAAUAAAGGUCCCUAAUUUUCUGGCUUCUUUAAGUAAAAAUGCUUUUAGCCCCCACCAAAUGUCAUUUUUUUCUUGAUUUCCCAAGUCUUUGAGAAGUUAAGACUGUUUUAAAAAUUAAAAAAGCCACUCUGUUUAUCUCAGACUGUGCCUCACAGUCUAGUCCCAGAGUAGGAAUGAGGAGGUUCCACUUGGACAUUCCCCCUCUGACUCUCCAUCCCAAACAGUCCAGUAAUGUUGAGUCAUCGCAGGCCUCAGGAUGCGCUUGUUUAGUUAGUCAAGAGUCCACUUAAACGGAAAGUCACAUUAGAUGCUAUUAUCUAGAAUUUUCUUACAUACUCCUCCCUCAAAAUAAUGUGGGGACUGGAGGUGCAGCUUAGUGGUACAACAUUUGCCUAGCAAGCAUGAGGUCCUGGUUUGAUCCCAGCAUUACAAAAA